CUGAAUGAAGGAGUUUGCAAGUGAACUGAACACUCUCUUGGUUUUAAAAUAGUUUUUGUGAGAAAAAGCGAGAAUAAUUGGUCUCAUUUUAACGCUUGGAUGUUUUGCACAAUGACUAUGGACCCGAGAAAUGGUUGGACUCAGCCAGAACAGCAAGGUCCGUCACAUAAAACUUGGUCUAGCAUUAUUGACACUAACAACUCGACUACAACGAACAGUAAAUCCUCAGACUACAUCCCUUUGAGUGCAACAACAGUCGUCAAAAAUAUGUUAAACAAUGACAAAACUUAUGGAGGUAAAAGAAAAAGGACUGACAAUCUUGCUAGCACACGAGGAGUUGAUGUAGGAGAGCUGUCCUCUGAAGAAAUGGUUCCAUGGAAGCCGAAAGGCCAUAACUAUCCUGACGGAGUGGUUGGUCUUCAUGAAGAAAUUUUACAUUUUUAUGAGUUCAUGAAGCCAAGACCUGCCGAGCAAAACAUGAGAAGAGACGUUGGGAAUCGUGUUCAAGAAGUUAUAGUACGAUUAUGGCCAACAGCAAMGGUUGAAGUCUAUGGCAGUUUUAAAACCAAUUUAUUUUUACCAACGAGUGAUAUCGAUCUAGUUGUUUUUGGAAAAUGGGAAAGACUGCCGUUGUGGACUCUAGAAAAAGCAUUACAAGCGAACAAGAUCGCUGAACCCAAUUCGAUUAAAGUUUUAGACAAAGCAUCGGUCCCUAUCAUAAAGCUUACAGAUGAAAAAACACAAGUUAAAAUAGACAUCAGCUUUAAUGUUUCUGCAGGACUGAAUGCUGCUGAAUUUGUUAGAAACAAUAUAGAGACAUAUGAAUGCCUUCCACCAUUGGUUCUUGUACUGAAGCAGUUUUUACUUCAACGUGAUCUAAAUGAAGUGUUCACUGGUGGUGUCAGUUCCUACAGCCUUAUCCUUAUGGUCAUCAGCUUUUUCCAGCACCACGAAAGGGGUGAUGGUAGGAGUAUUGAGAAAAGCAAUCUGGGUGUUUUAUUGAUAGAGUUUUUUGAGCURUAUGGAGUUAACUUCAACUAUGCCAAUGCUGGUAUACGUGUUAGAGAUGGAGGAUCCUACUUCAACAAGCAAGAGGUUUUGAAUGAUUUGGAUGAUGGCUACAAUGCAUCACUCUGUAUUGAAGAUCCAUUUACAGAAGGAAAUUACAUGGGCAAAAGCUCAUAUAAUUUCAUGCAAGCAAUAUCUGCAUUUCAAUAUGCUUAUCUGGUUUUGAACAGAGCUUCCUGCUCUCCUAACCCUACCGGUGAGGGAAAUGAAAAGCACAGCCUUCUUAGUCGAAUCAUACGAGUAACUGAAGAAGUUGUGCAGUACAGAGAGUGGGUUGAAAGUAAAUGGGGAGAAGUAAACCUCCUCCCUUGCUCCAUCCACCAACAACCAGUAAARACACCCACUUAUGCAACCGUAGCAACACGACAUGUACCAAUGGACAGGUCACAUGACAGUGGUCUUCUAAAGAAUAGAGUCAGACCACUUUCGAGAUCACAAUCAAAUGUUGAGUUUUUCGUAUCACAGUAUCGCCAAGAGGAUCAACAGAAUUCUGUAAUCGCAAGACCAAGUAGUUCAGAUUCCUUGGUCGCUUUGAGUAGUGGUCUCACUAUAGACCUAUCAAAUGACCUUUCCCUUUCUAAUUAUAAAGACUCARCAUUAGUWGACAGUCCAACGGCUGCAGCACCAUCUAAGAGGAGUAAAGAUWGUGAAUUUUUACCUACGAGAACAGAAAAUAUAGUCGAGUGUUCUACAGGAGAAUAUAAGUCUCCUGGAUUGACAAGCUCACAUGUAAAGGACACAGACAAAAAGAGUAGUGUUGUGGAUACUGUUGGGAAGCCAAAUGGGUUGAUUGUGGAAUCCAAGGGAACUAAUCAUGUGCAGCAAGAUAAGAAGACCAACAGCAAGGGUUCAGUUCCGCUUGAUAGUUCAACAACUGCAAAGACAUCACCUACAAAUGGUAACUUAGUCCCUUCCAAGCCAGACAAACUCAAAACAACAAAUACCAAUACACAAAGCAACCCAUCGCCAACAAACAAUAAUAUCCACAAUAACAACAACAAUAAUAACAACUCAAUCACGCCAAACUCUAUCAAAAUGCCCGAAAGUCCAACAAAAUCGAAAAGGRRCAAGAGGAAAAAGUCAGCAAAAAAAUGAGGUUGGCACAUUCAUUGUAUCACCAGUUACACUCCGUGAGUGAAUCCAGUAUUUCCAUGACGACGGAAAAAUCAAUCACCAAAAACACCUCRAAYRCUAUAAAAUUUCAUUCUCACUUACAUCACAACAAGGCAUCAAAUGACCUCACUAGCGCCUUGUCAGAUAUAGCUAUUUUUAUUGUACAAUGUAGAAUAAUUAUUAUUUUGAACAAAUUAUAUUAUGUAAAAAUAUACAACAAAGUGGAUGACUUUUUAUGAUUGUCGCUGCCUUGGUAGAUAUCCUUUUCUAGCUGUUAUUCAAAUUUCCAAACUGACGACUUUAUGUGGGAGGGUUAUAUAUGAUAAUGUAAUAAUUACAGCAAAUCAUUUUAUAUAAAAAAAAGUCUAGUGGGCUUAGAAAAAGACUGAUGAGAUCUGAAAAAUCCAUAUAUUAUUAGUCUGUAGAUGUAAGAACUCUCAAAUUCGUAUUUAUGUAUUAUAUUUCUUUGGUUUCCUCUGAAUUUUGAAAUGAUAUUUUAGCAAUUUGACUUGGGUUAAAGUGUGUCAAAUAGUCAGUAUUCAGGUUAAUCACCAGUUCAGAACAAAUUCUUUCUUCAGACACCAAAAUCUCCAGUCAAAACACGUUUCAGACUGCUGUAAUUAAUAGAAUGGAAUUCAUUGUAGAUACAUAGCUAUUCAAUCAUAUUUUCUCAUAGUUUAAUAUAUGUACUGCAUCUUCAGAAAUGAUAGUAAUAUUUGCUGAAACCUGUUUAAUUCUGGUUUAAUUAUAUUUGCCUUCAACUUUUAAAAAGCAUUUUUAAAUAUUCUUGAUACUGUCGCCAUUGACAUCAAUAUAUGCAGACGGUCUAAUCAUUUUGACUCAUAUCACAACAUAUGUAGAGAAAACACAUGAGCUUGAGUACAAUUUGGAAUUGAUAGACACGAGUAAUGUUUUGAAAGUUCUUUGUACUCACAUCAGCCCGAGAAGGAUUAUUGUAAUUGUUACAAAGUCUUAUUAAGCAUUGUUUUCAUUGCUACACAAACAGCAAAGUGAAAUUUGAAAUAGAAUGUCGUCAAUUGACAAAUUGUUUAUUUUGGCUGUAAAUUUUCACUAUAGGCUAGUUGUAUAGCCAUGCAAAUGAUGGUCAUUAAGUGCUCACACUAAAUAUUCUGACAUUAAGUGGCAUUUUUUAAAAUUAAGAUUAAAUGAGAAAUCCUWUGUUUUCUUCUUGUUUCAUUUGAUUUAUCUUUGAUUACUAUUUAUUUAGUACUAUUUAUUACAAGGAUUUAGUGCGAGUACUCCAGCUAAGCACAUAAUAUCCUAAAUAUCAUAUGAAAUAUAUACCAGACAAUAGUUAUCUUUAAUAUAACCGAACACAUUUCUCACUUACAAGAGUCAUUGAGUUUUUGUAAGUUUGCAGUAUGCUACCAAUCACUAUUUCCUCUUAUAGUUAAACUAUUAACCUGCCUAACAUGAGAAUGUAUGACAUGUUAACCGCUCUGCAGAAACCACAUAUUGUGACCUUACUUUGUGGUUCAUCAGUAGAGCUUAUCUUACUAUAAACAUAUCCAUUAUAACAGAGAAUUAUUUUAAUAUAAGCCAACAAAUUAUCUCUAUACAAAAAAAAUCAUAGACCUUUCUUGUCUUUUAAGAGAAAUUUAUACUUGAAAGAGAUUGAAAAAUAUUUGAAUAUUGGGUAUUUUCACAGUCUUUGGAAACUAUUUGAUAUAAGAGUAGACUAUUAUCAUGAUAAUAAUUGUUGAAUUCCAACUAUUCUAUCCAAAUAUGGAGGACAAYGACAACCUGUGCCAUUAUCCUCAAUUCCAGUUWUCUCCAACCCAGCUUWGAAUUGGGUUCAAAAUAUUAGACUGGGCAAAAAAUAAUAGGAACAUUUUUUAAACGUUGAGUUCCAACUAUGCUGUAAUAUGCAGUCUAGGUAUAUCUAACUACUUAAAAGAAAUAUUUCUUGUGUUGAAUGCAGAGAAAGAGAAAGUAAAAACAUUUUGGACAUGUAUGUUUUCGUUCUCAUUAUCCUUUAGUAAAAAAAAUAUUUCUUGAUUUUGUUCACACUCUUUAAUACGAAUACAUUUUCUGUAAAAAAACUAAAGCUAUAUAUAAAUUAUUUUGUGAUUCAAAAAAAAUUAUUUUUCCUGGAUUUUUACACUUUGCUUUUCUUAAUCAUAAAUUGUUCUCGUUAAUGUUCCAUUAUUAUAGCUUUUUCCUUGAGGUUUUAUUUAAUAAAAUAUGUCUGUGUAUARAUACUUGUCGCCAUAAAAUUUUGAUUUAAACAAUUCAAUGACAGCACAAUUAGAUGUAGCAACAUGGAGUGGGAAAUGCUAAGUAGAAACUURCCAAAUAUAGCCYGUGUAGYGGCUCUAGGGGAAGGGGGAAAGGGGAGGGGAGAAAACACCACAACCCCCCUCCCCUAGAGCCACUACAUGGUCUAUGCCAAAUAGUGCUAAAUAAUGUACCUAGUAGUUUGCAAGUUCUCAUAAUUGGAGCAAUAAAACAAUGCUCAUUGCUUCCUCAUUCUUAAAUCCUAUAAUUGUKUUCUUUUAUUUAACAAAAGCUARUAAACCAAUCGGAUAAGAUCUUGCAAAACCAUGAAGGGCUACCUGAAUACUUAGAGAGUAGCAAGUUGAGAAGAUGCUACACUAAACAGCAUUUUUUUUCAUAUUUCACUUAACCAUUUUCCACCCCAUGCACGUCAUUGUAUGUCAGGUCAUUAAUUAAUUGGUAAAUAUAUUGAAGUAUUUGCACAGGCAUUUUAUGCUUGAUAAUACGUCACAGACCAGUUUUUACCAUUUUGUUCAAUACAAAGGGACCAUCAAUGAAUGUUCCUUUGUUUGACUGAUAGUUGUUGAUAGUAUUAUAAAUUGUUAUCGUUGUCAAAAACUUUAUGUUCUACUACAUGCGGGACUUGUGUAGAAAUUGUUGUAUAUUGUUCAAUCAGAUAUUAUAUAAUUGUUAUUUCAUUGUURUGAUAUAAUAUUAUUAUUGAUGUUUGUUAUCUUACUGACAUGUUUGUCUUAUGGUUUGACUAUCAUUGCAGUUGUUCCUGGUAUUGCUUGUUUUGUUAUUAGAGYGACUUUCAUUUGACAGACAGUGCACUUAUAUAGUGUCUUUUAAUUGGUAAACAACAAAAACAAAAAGCGUCAGAGUCUGCUGAAUAGACACAUUACACACUAACUUGAAUGAUUACAAAACAAUGCAUGGCUUCAGUUCAACGCUGGAGUUUUUGACAAAAGAUAAAACACUAGUCUCUACUUGAAGCCAUUGUGGUUGGUAUAGGUCAAUUGAAUCAGAUGCACUUAAUCUGUGAAACAUAAACAUUACAAAAUAGUACAACUAUAAUUAUGCUUAAUAUUCCUUUUUUAUCAUUUAAUCAACACUAUUUAGUAGUAAUUAGAAAUAUUUGUUUCACAGGUGUAUCUCAUGCCCAGAGCCUGUGUAACUUUUGGUCAAUGACAAAAAACUUKCUGCAGACCAAAAGUAACACGGCCUCUGGGUAUGAUUGAGAUUUAGUGUGUCCAGUCUACCACUAACUAUAUAAGGCUUUCUAACCUUUCAUGGUCAAAUGAAAGAAACUCUAUUAGAGCACAGACACUAGAAGUGCACAAUGUUUAUCACUGUUUCUAACUACUACAUUUACUAGGAUGAUUAGAAAAUCAUUUUAUGGAUGCACUGCUGUACCUAUUACACUUGACAUUGUUUUGUAGGGUUUGAAUUCAUAAUCAUCUGUUUUACAGUGUGCUUUACACUAAAACAGACCUUGAAGGAGCAUCAUUUUGGUAUAUUUAUUUUGGAUUGGGUAAUAAGAGUCUAUUUUUGUAGAGGGGGUCCUGAAGUCAAUGUGCAGCAGUGCCAUUUUGUGAAGCAAGGCAUGAUGGUAGUUGUAGUCCUCACAAUUAUAUCAGUAUAGUCCCUAGAAUAUCUCCUUAAAAGAUUUAUUAAUAAUGCUUUCUUUAUUGAAACAGCAAAACAACAUUUUUUUUUCCUUAGGAAAAUCAAACAUUUUAGAAGGGGUGUUUUAUUGGAAACUAAAAAGUACAAGGUCGACAUCAACUACCAUCAUGCUUUUCUGUGCAAAAUGCUGCUGCUGCACAUUGCCUAUUGCGGGUUUUGAUUGACAUUUGGAUUUUGGAGGGAGGGGUGAUGUUUUUAUUUAGUAUUCACAAGUUUUAGUGUUUGCAAUUAAGUGUAGUCAUCAUAAGCAUGACAAAUCAAUUUCCUAUAUAGUUCAAGAAAGUGUUGAUUAAUUAAGCAAUCWAAAAUAAGGGACGGUUCACACUACAACAUAAACAUAAGCACAAGGGAAAUUGCUAUGUUGAACCAUAGAAAGCAUAAGCAGAAACAUAAGGAAAUACAAACUUUUCCUAUUUGUUAUGCUUCUUCUGCUUAUGYUAAGAAAUCAUGGUUGUGAACCYGCAAAACGUAAGCUUAAGCUCAUCCUUAUGUCAAAUGUGACCCAUCUGCUUACGUCGUAGUGUUAAUCGGCUCUAAAGGAUCCUUGCUAUGUAAUGAAAAYUAGUAUUACUGUAAUAGGUAUAAUCAGACAAACAUGUCAGUAUGACAACCUAAUGUAAAUAGUGUACAUUGUAAGCAGCUUUUGAUAAAGUUCUCUUAAAAAUGUAAAAAAAAAAUAUCAAAACCAAAAAAAUAUAUAUAAUAGCUAAAUAAACUAAAAGCAUAUUGAUAA